AUGAACUCUGCAGACGGGAACAACAGUCAACCGCAGAGACGCCGCAGAGGCACACGCUCUGUCGGGGGCUGUCUUACCUGUCGUCGCCGUCGCGUCAAGUGUAGCAGCCGAAUCUUGCCGUGUGACAACUGUCAGCGUCUGAAGCUGUCGUGCAGUUCCUCGUUUCAUUGGAAUUUUAAGACGUGGCAGCCGGACUCGAAGUAUGCGAUGCAGUCCCCUUCAGGGAGUGUCAAUCAAUUAGCCAACGACACAGAACUUCAUCCUUAUCUACUGCCAAUCUCGCAUGAUCCUGGAAGUUCUGCCUGUCAAGGCACUGGCUUGCAGAGCAACAUGUGCAUAGAUGCUUCUAACGCUGCAGACAGCGAUUUCAAUCCUAAUCAUGACAAUAUUGCUGCAAACGACCUCUUAAUGAUACCGGAUAUAAAUACGGAGUCUAAUAUGACCUCGCUUCCGUCACUGACGCCCGUCGCGAGAGAUAACGCAGAUGAAGACGUUAAUCAAAUCCUAGAAUUAGACGCCCCUUCAAUUCAAUACCCAGGAUCGAGUCUGUGGGCCAUGCCUUCCCUGGUAACCGAUGACUCGGCUCUGCUCGACGACCAAGCAGCCAAAAUGCCCUGGCUUCUCACUGUCAAGCAGUCGGCGUGGAAUCCGUACCAAUUCAUGCUGGACACCACACGAAGAAAUGCCAAUUCUCCACUCAAACAUUCCAUUCUUGGGUGGUGUAGUGCCUAUAUCUCGUGUCAAUCUAAAAGUCAACUAAGCUUCCUGGGCACCUUUUAUUACCUGUCUGCCGCCGAUUCACUUGGUCCGAUCAUUGAGAAUUUGUCUACCAACAAUAUCGCCAAGAGCGCUUCGAUAGCAGAGAGUCUGUACAUGCUCUUUUCUACCGCGUAUUUCUUGAAUAGCUGCGAUUUGAUGCUGUCUGAUUUUCGGUCAUAUUACGAGAGGACCGACUUGAUACGAGUGGCUGUUAAAGAAAAUUGGGCUAAAAUAAAGGAAAAUUUGGGUACGCUUGAAUCAAGAUUGUUGAUCUGGUUAGCGCACUUCGAUCUACGCUAUUCUCUCUUCUCGAGCCGGCGGUCACCGGACAAUCUUUUCAAUAUUCUCGUCGGACUCGGUGCAUUUCCAUUCCUUCGCAGCUAUCCAGAGGGACAUUCAUAUCUGAGUCCUUGCUUUGGCAACAAGUACCCCCGGAAAGAACUUGAAGAAGACCUAGUGCAAGAACCUUGUCACGCGAUGUGCGAUCAAAUUUUCGCCAUUAUGGGUCGGAUCAAUGCGUUUGCGUCUUGGAAUGAAGAGCACCAACAAUAUUUUGAGUGGGAUAACACGCUGAAAGAACUGCGUACGGCAAAGAUAGAGGUAUUGCAGGCUCAAAUUGCGAAGAUUCGCGCUGAAUGCGCCCUUCUAAUGAGGGAGCAGCAAGAUAGCAAGGCAAUUGACCGCUCGUUAUUCCACUUUCUGACAGUUGAAACCUUGCAUAAAUCGGCAACGAUAAUGCUAAAUCGUGUCGUUGAACCUGACGUGAGAACUGAUCCUGAGUCCCAGGAAGCCGCCACACAGAUUAUUCUCAUCACACAGAGGUUCCGAAAGUUAAAUUAUCUACAAUUUCCUCGUUCUUCUCACACCUGGCCACUACCGAUUUUUAUUGCAGGAAUUGAAAUUACUGAUGUUAUCUACCAAGAUUGGAUCAUCACGUUCCUCACAGAACUAGAACCAUUAGGAACACAUAUACGCAAGACCAGGGAUUUACUUGAGAGAAUUACUUUGGAACAGGAAAAGAAAGGCAAACGAGUUGAUGUACAAUAUGUCAUGCAUAACUUCGAUUCGGUUUAUAUAUAG